CGGAUACCGACCGUUAGUUUUGGCGAAAGACAAACUAUCCACUGCCAGUACACCUCUGGCUGUUCAAUGGCAUCACGAAUUGAGCGUCUCGCCCGGCCUAAUCCCAACCUACUUAAAUUCCCUGACAGGCGCUCCGUAUACUGGUUGGAUGAGCUUCCAGCAAAAUCAAAGCGGUCCACUACUACUGUCUUUGAGCUCACAUCACGUUGGUCCCAGCCGUCACAGAGGAAAAAGAUUAGUACUCACUAUGAAGACAACAGAGAGUCUCCUGAGUGGAAGGUGGGCGCAGCCACAUUAAAGGCUCGUCCCUCUGAAAGAGUGUGUUCACUCGCUCGACCCCGUCAGCCUGCAGUCGGCUGGCAGCCUGAUCGCCCCCUAUUGACCACAUAUGGUAUGGGAGUGAGAACUAUAGCUAAAGCCAGUCCCCGGAUCUGCCAGUUGGCUCAACCAAAAAAGUCAAGAAUGCCAUUGACUUCAGCAUUCAACAGCACUAAUAGUUGUUUGACACUUCUCCCACAAGCCAAGCCUUCUUCUCAUAUACACCUCCUGGCCAUUCCUAAAAAGGAGCAUCCUCAUUAUCGUCCAAACCAACCUGUGUCAUCGCACGUGCCAAGGUCCGUCCUGGAAGCUGUAGCCAGUGAGAGGCUGCAGGUGCUGGCCAUACCAAAGCCCCGCAAUCCUCUUUAUGAGGGAUUCGAUCCCUAUAAAGUGAGCUUGGCUGCUCGUGUUGCUACUGCAUCCCCAAGAAUACAGGAACUGUCACAACCCCCGGCACGCAGGUGCAGGAAAACAUCAGCCCAAGAUGAAUAAAGCAUAAACAUGUGUGAAAUAUCUAUGCAAUAAAUGUAUUAGCCGACAUUA